CGGGCAACGGCAACCGAGAGGAUGAAGCACAGAUGCAGUGAGAGCAACCCGGCCACAGCGGGAUAAAGCCGACGAGGCACCCCUGGCGGUAUUGGUGCAGGACAUCAUCCGAAGAUUUGAAGAUUCAGCUGCGCAUUGGAGAUUGCAGAUCAUCGACGACAAAUUGAAGUUUGUUGGUGAAGAUCCACAGCUCUCCCUUUCCUGGCGACCAAUGGCCUCCAGCUCGGGGGCAGUCGCCUAUGCGGGGUCGCCCGCGGGCAGCUUGCCCUACAAGAACACCUUCGCCUUCGCCUUCAGCCAGCCGUUCCAGCUCGUCAGUGACUUCGUGCCGCCCGAGCACCGACUGCGAAGGACAGAGCCGGAGCGACCCAUUUUCGUCGACAACAAGUCGGACCGCACGCUCACGUUUGGCCGCAUUUCCAAGGAUGCGCUCGCCGUCGCCGCGGGGCUGCUGGCCCUGGGCCUGGACCCCAAGGACACGGUCAAGCUGCCGCCGACGCCGACGUGCCCGGCCGGGCCCGAGAUCGCCCCGAUCGUGCUGAUCCAGCUGCCAAACUGCCUGUCAUUUGCUCCCGUCUUAUUCGGCGCGCUCGCCGCCGGCUUGACCGCCACGCUCGUGUCGCCGGCCCUCACCAGCGCCGAGAUCGCCUGGAUCCUCCAGAACGCCCGGCCGCGCGCCAUCAUCACCGCCACCGCCUGCCUCCCCGCCAUGAAGGACGCGCUGGCCCAGCAGCAGGACGCUGCCUAUUUCUCCGCCAUCCCCAUCUUCACCGUCGACGCCGCCGCCGACACCUACCCGGACCCGCAACCGGCGCAACCGCCCGCCUCCUCGGCCCCGGGCUCCUCCUCCGACUGGAAGGCGCUGCUGACCACCAAGUCCGCCCCGCCCAGCACGGCAACCGUGUUCCCCCCCUCGGCUGCCGCCACCCGCACCGCCGUCAUCCUCUGGUCGUCGGGCACGUCCGGCCGCUCCAAGGGGGUGCUGCUGUCGCACCACGCGCUCAACUUCUCCGUGGCCUCGCUGUGGCACGACGCCGACUACCACCGCGCCACGCCGCGGCCCGGCCAAGGGCAGAGCUCAAACCAGGUCUGGCUGGGCUACGUGCCCUUCUACCACGUCUUCGGCCUGUGCAACGUGUUCCUGCUGGCCGUGGCGGCCGGCGCGACCGUGUACACGAUGCCGAGCUUCCACCUCGAGACGAUGGUGCGCGCGGUCCAGCAGCGCCGCGUGACCUACCUGCACAUGGCGCCGCCCGUGGCCGUCAUGCUGGCCAAGGCGGCCGUGGUCGAGCCGUACGCGCGCGGCGGCGCGUUCGCCAGCGUCGUGGCCGGCGUCACCGGCGGCGCGCCGCUGGGACACGAGGUCGUCGAGGAGGUCUACAGGCGCUGCGGCUUCCGCGUCCGGCUCGGCUACGGCCUGAGCGAGACGUGCAGCACGGCGAUGCAGCGCGGCAUCGGCGAGAAGGAGAUGCGCGAGCAGGCUGGGGAUACCGGCCGACCGCACUACGGCGUCGAGCUGAUGAUCGCGGACGGGCGGAGGUACGCGAAGAAGGCCGGCGAGCAGACGACGGCGGCCCCGGUGGACGUGGAGGGGGAGGUGCUCGUGCGCGCGCCCUGCUUGCUGCUGGCGUACCUGCCGGUCGGCGUGUUCUCGUCGGGGAGCAAGCAGCCGGACAUGUCGGUGACGGAGGAGGCGCUGACGGCGGACGGGUGGUUCCGGACGGGGGACGUGGGGGCGCUGAACGCCGACGGGCGGCUGCGCAUCACGGACCGGCUGAAGGAGCUGAUCAAGGUGCGCGCGUACCAGGUGGCGCCCGCCGAGCUGGAGGCGGUGCUGUGCAGCAGCGAGGCGGUGGCCGACGCGGGCGUCAUCGGGGUUUACGACCAGAGCGAGGCGACCGAGUGGCCGCGCGCGUUCGUGGUGCCCCGGGCGGGCCGGAAGAACAUGUCAACGGCCGAGCUGGAGAGGCUGGCGGGCCAGCUCAAGGCGCUGGUGGAGCAGCGCACCGCCAAGUACAAGUGGCUGGUCGGCGGUAUCGUGUUUGUCGACCAGAUCCCCAAGAGCCCGAGCGGCAAGAUCCUGCGGCGCGUGCUGAAGAACGGCGGCGAAGAGACCAAGGGCGUCGAGGUGAAGCUGUACGAGAAGAAGAGGCGGGAUGCGAAGCUGUAGCGUCAAGAGGACGGCGUGGGAAAGAUUUGUGUAUAUAGGUAGAGACCAUACAGGGACACGCUGUGUUUAUACAAGUUGCUUUAGCCUCUUAAGAGCGGCCAACAGCUUAGCAACAUCUUUCCUUUCGAACGGCCAGACGAAGGGCUGGGCAAGGCACUUGACGGCCUCCCUCUCUGAUGGGUUCGGGAAAUCUGGAAGUCAGCAUUUCGUUCCCAUUUAAAUUUCUGGUGCCCAGGCCUCCAUUGCUUUUGCUCUUUCUCCCGAGUCAUUCGGCGCAAAUGGAAGUUACGAAGCAGUCAGGCAACCGC